UUUUUAGUAAUUUCCAGUAUAAAUCCGAUGGUAUUUGACGAAGAACCUCCAGCACAGAAGAAAUGGACCCAGCAAGCUACGACGUCUGCGUUCGGUCUAAUGGAGUCGCUGAAGGGUCAAGGAUCGAGUUUGGCGAAAAAUUUGAAGAAUUUCGGGAAGUCUCUGGUGAAAGAGCACAAAAGUCAAGGAGCCACGACGCCGCCCGAGCACCGCGAUGACGAUAUCCGCCUCACGUGGCUCACUAAUCGGAUUGUGCUCGCCGACACGUUGCACAAAUCGAAAGAAGGACUGCUCAAAGCAGAAACGGCCGUCGUUCGAGAAAUGAUUGAUUGUCAACCGUAUGUAGUGGUUAAUGUUCAUGCUGAACCACUGAAGCUGGAUGGCUAUGCAAAAUCAGUUCAUGUUCCGUUGGGAAGUGCGGCAAAAGGUGGACUUCCGAAAUAUCCAACAAUUCAGGCAUUAGUACCGAUUCUCAACGAGUAUUGCUUGCUAACUAAUGACGCGGCAAUUGUGAUUUUUGGAAAUGAUGAAAACGUUCAAAUAACCGCUGCCUUCUGCCUUAUCGCUUCUCGUACCAUCUCAAGAGUCUCCGAGUUUAUGUCGGAUUCACUUCCGAAUCGAUUUGAUCGCCUUCCAGUUACAUAUCAUUUAUUUUUGGAACAAACUAAACACGUCUGUAAAUAUCACGCACGGCGGCAGCAACUACAAUCCGGCGCAAUAUUAAAUCAAAUAAUCCUGGAACCCGGAACUCUCCUAAUCGACGGAGAUCUCUACGUUGCAAUUCAGCAAGGUAUAAAUCAACUGAAAGUUGUGGAAUUCUCAGCAAACUCCUGCCGAAAUCGACAAGGACAACUCGUUUUCAAUAUGGAAUCCACUGAAACAGUUGACGAUGUGGUUAUUUUCUUGGGAAAGAAGUCCGAUGUGAAGCACCCGAUCCUCGCUUCCAAAUUCAACACACAACUGUUGCAUUCGGAAGACUCAUCGAUCAUUUUUACGUCUUCUGAAAUGGAUGUAUCCAAAAUGAUCGCCUCAGCUAUGCCAGUUCAGGAUUUGAGAAUGAUUGUCAACUUUGCCACGCGACGAAUGCCAACGCUCAACACAUUCCAGUUCGAUAGAUAUAAAUUAUUGUGUGUCAGAAAUGACAGAGAAUUGGAUGGCUAUCAACGAUCAUAUGGCGAUGUAGAUUCAGAAGACGAGUCGCCGAUUCUUCGAAGUGCUCGGUCAAAAUCAGGCACAAAAGCAGCCGAGACAUCCUCAUCGCAAGGCAAUUUCUUUGAUUCUUUGCAGUUUGAAGACAGACAAGAACCUCAUCAUUUCAGGGAGCAAAGGGAUUCGACACUUCUUGAUCACCACGAUGACGUAACCCAUCACACUGCUGAUCUUCUCGACGGAUUCACUAUUGGAGGAACUGAAAAACUCUCACCAGCCAACGAAACACCGAUUUUGUCGGCUCCAACACCGGCGAGCUCCGAUUACGAUUCGAUGACGAGCUCUCAAAACCGAAGAAAUCCGUCUCCAGCUACAGCCAUCGAUGAUCUUUUGGGCCUUGGCACGGAAACAUCUGCUCCUGCACCUGCUCCGAGCACUCAUUUCAAUAAUAGUUCCAGUGGCGCCAAUUUAGUGGACUUUGAUCUCGGAGCACCAAUCAAGCCAACUAGCUCUGCGAGCAAUUUGAGCACUGCGAGUCCUGCAACAUCAUCCUGGUCAAAUACGGAUUUACUGGGCGGAUUUUCACCAAUGAAGCCUCAAACGACAUCUACUCCGCCAAAUACGAGAAACCCAUCUGCAUCGAUUUCAGAUUCCAAGCCAGUAUCCCAAGUGAAUUCACAGGCCGAUUUUGAAGCUUUCUUGUCAAAUUAUCCGGAACAGAGACAAGCGGCACCUCAAAAUACGCAGAAUGUAUCGCAAAAGACGCAACAAACAAGACCACAGAAUACGUACAAACCAGCAUUUGGUGACGCGGCGACGGGAUCUGCGAAGGUUUCAAUGGAUGCAUUCAGUGAUUUGUUGAAUCAGGGGGGCUUCAAACCAACACAAAGGGAAAAUCAAAAGCAGAGUAUUGGGAAUAUGCUGAAAGUUGAACAAUCGAAAAAUCUGACACCGGAAGAGAUUCAGAUUCGAGACUGGACUCAAGGCAAAGAGCGUAAUAUUCGUGCUCUUCUCGGCUCACUUCAUAAUGUCCUUUGGGAGGGAGCUGAUCGAUGGAAUCAGCCAUCGAUGGGUGAUCUUUUGACACCUGAUCAGAUCAAGAAACAUUACCGCAAGGCAUGUCUUGUGGUACAUCCAGACAAAUUGACAGGAUCUCCUCAUCUCUCAUUGGCCAAAAUGGCGUUCACGGAGCUUAACGAUGCCUAUAGCAAAUAUCAGAAUGACCCGGCGGCGAUGUAGAAUAAUUGAUUUUUUUAAAAAUUAAAUACACACUUUCCCCCUUUAAAAUUGAGAUUUUUCAUAUGAUUAUAUCAUUUUUUCCCCGUUCAUUUUAUUCACCUAUACCAUACUUUUCUAGUCUAAAAAUGACCUUUCCCCGCAAAAAAACCCUUGAAAAUUCCACGCUUUUUCACUGUGAUUAUUGUAAUUUUCUAUCAAGUUUUGUCAGCUUUUUUAUAUUAUUUUAUCAUAUUCUUGAGCAGUUGCACUAAUUUAUUUAUUUGUAAAUCUAUUUCUUCUUUUUUCAAAACAAGUUUCUCAGUAAAAAAUUAGUUUGCUCUA